UCAAACAGAAACUAUUAGACUAGUCUAGUCAAGACUAUUACUAGACAAAGUAAUUAACCUCUUUUUCACAACCUCCCAUAGAUUUUAGAUCACCACCCUUAGAAUUUUUCUCGGAAAAUGAAAAAUAAACCCACUUUUAUUUUCUCUCUCUUUCUCUUUCACUUUCUCUUUUCUCCUCCUAAGCCCUAAUCUAUCUUUGAAACAUAUUUUCAUGAAAUAAAAAAAAUGCAUUCGAGUCCUAAAAACAACAACAACAACAACAACAGAUCCAUUUUUGAAAAGAAACAAUCAACAACAAAAAAACCCAUAAGUACUCUCUCUCCUCAUCCUCAAACUCAAUCAUUAUCAUCAUCAAAUUCACCAUUCAAAUUCAAAUUCAACCUCAAUUUCACAACUAUAAAACAAAACCCUAACCACACCACUCACCUCAAAACCAUGGCUGCUCUUCAAAGAUUCAAGCUCCUCGCAACUCAGUGCGGCGUCACACAGAGCCCCACACGUAGCCCUAGAACUUCUCCGGUCAUCCACCUCCGUCGCCGGAAAACUACCCUCCGUAUGCUUCUCGGCCGAUCAAAAAGCACCGUCAAUUACCGUACUUCUCCUCCUCGACAACGAGACUCCAAUUCCAAUUCCAAUUCCACCUCCUCCGUCAUCGACCGGUUUCGAUUCCUCAGGGCUGCUGCUACGGCGGCUCCGGCGCCGGAGAAAGCUACUCCGGUGAAGAGGAACAGUCUUAAGGAGCUUUUCGGGUCUUCUUCUCCGGUUGAAUUGGAAGAAGAAGAAGUUAAAGGUAUUUAUAAGGAGAACAGAGUGUCGGUUAUGGUUGUCGGGUCGACCCGAUUACAAUCCGGGUCGGGUUCUCCUAGACCCGCGGGGUGGUCGGGUUUCCGUUAUAGGUCGUUAUUGAGGAGGACGUGGCGCCCUAUGCUGGUUUCUAUCCCUGAGUAAAUUAAUUAAGUUAAUUAAUUAAUAUUAGAAAAUUGUUAAAUUAAUUUCUUUUUUCUUUUUUUUUACAUUUUUGAUCCUAUUUUAAGGAUUAAUUCCAAGAAUUUUACUCUAGAUUUUAGCUAAGGAAUGAAAAAUCAUAUCGAUUUGACACCCAAAAAAGAGAAGGAAAAAAUCGUUAUAUAGGAAAAAAAAAAUUAGCUUAA